AUGGCUGUCCGGAUUGGACCGUUUAAUAAUGUAUCAACGACAACAUUAAAACUUUCGAAUUCUGGCAAUGAACGAUUGGCAUAUAAAAUUAAAACAACAGCGCCGAAACGGUAUUGUGUUAAACCGAAUAGUGGUUUCCUAGAUCCACAUACUAACACCAAUAUUCAAGUAAUGUUACAACCUCAACCAACUGGUGUACAACAAGAUGAUCGUUCGAAACAUAAAUUUAUGGUUCAGUGGGUUGCUGUACCACCCACAUGGUCGGAAGAUGUGGAGAACUUUUGGAAACAAGAGGGAUCUAAACUAAAAGAUGUUCAAGAUUCCAAAUUAAAGUGUGUCUUUGCUGAAGAUCAAACUGCUGCUGAUAGAAAAGUACCAAACGAUUCGUUUCAACAACACGAAGGCGAUUUUAGUGGCUCCUCGUAUAACGAUAAAGUUACAAAUACACAGCCACAAACUGAAAUCAAUGCUGUUGACAAAACGCAUCAAAGUGCUGGUCAAAUGGAAACAACGCCAACAAAUCAUCGAUCAACAAUACAACAACAACAGCAAACAUCGUCUUCAACAACGCAUAAUAGAGAUACGCAUCAUCGCGAGCAACACCAUCAGGAGGAGGAUUUCAGUCAACAGCGUCUUAAACAGGAAGUGGAUCGCUUGAAAGAAGAAAAUGAAAAUUUGAGAUAUGAAUCACAACGAUUGAGGAAAAAGUUUGGCGACGUAUUACAGCAAGUAAAAUCGUUAACGUCCGGUUUAGGAACAAAUGCGACUGGUAAGCUAGUAUUUAGUAAUGGAAACAACGGUGAAGAUACAAGUAGUUUUCCAUCAACUGGCCCAAGUCAAACAACAAAUGGUAAUGUACAAUCGGCAAGAGCAUUAUCAACAACGGUGGCUGGAACUUCUAGUAGAAUGGGAAAUGUACUUGUACCCAUUGAAAGUCAAGGAUCUAACGUUCUCUGUAUUACUUUAUUAGGAGCUGCUGUUGCGUUAUUAUUAGGAUUAUUUAUUGGAAAAUUUUUUAUGGAACAAGCGAAAGUUCGACAACGUGUGACUACUGGUGGUACUGGUCUGAAUCGUGUUGAUAAUCCUGUAUUAUCUGGUCGUAAUCAACAGCAACAGAAACCGAUAAUGUUAUUUGGAAUCAAUUUAAACGAGCGAAGAGUGAUUAUUGCGUUCAUUAUUGCAUUAAUAGUUGGUUUCUCAUUUGGAUAUUAUUUAUUUGCUUGUGGUGAUCAUUGA